CAAAUAUCGGUGAAUCGUGAAGCUGACAACCCUUUCAUCAUGAACUUCUCUACAGCCUCGUGGUCUUCUCGGCGACUAAAGACUCGUCAUCGAAUUCAAUGACUCGCAAGGCGGCAAAAGCAUGUAUUGCCUGCCGAGACAGGAAGCGCAAGUGUGACCGCUUCAUCCCAAGCUGCUCCCUCUGCUACAGGCUCGGACGUCGCUGCCAGUAUGCGCCUCGUGUCUGCUUGCCGUCUCAGGAUGGGAGAGGCUCCAUUGUCGGCCUGCCUUCUCGACUCAGUGGACCAAGCAUCAGCCCCCUUUCCUCGCCUCGUCUAUUCGAUGAUGGCAACUUCAUUCGCACCAAUGUCAACAAUAUGAUUACUGACAAGCUCAAAACCUCAAUUGGAGAUAUCUCAGAUAUUAGAAAUGCUGCAAUCAAGUAUUUCAAAAGCAUUCAUGUCUGGUUCCCCAUUCUGUCAGAGCUCUCCUAUUAUGAACGCUUCACAAGUGUUUUCGCGCAACCAUGUGCCGAGUACAGCGUCCUGUCCCUGAGUAUAAUGCUUAUCAUCACCACGCCACCCGGAAAGGAGACCUUGAACUCUUUCACAUCUCUCUACAUCCUGGUGAAGAGUUCCAUUGCGAUUGUUGAGGCAGCGAACAUCAACUCCUUGGAGAUCGUGCAAGCUCGACUUCUGGUUUCGUUAUUUGAAUUCGGCCAUGGCAUGCCGGCAGCGUUUAUUUCCAUCGCUGCUACAGUCAGGGCGGCUGUCGCUAUUGGACUCAACCAGACGAUCAAAAGUCCUUGCACAGAUGUGUCGGCAAACUGUUCCAAGUUGGAGGAAUGUCUCCGCGUUUGGUGGGGAAUCGUCAUGCUUGAUAGAAACUAUACACUGGAACGAGGUGAAGGUCCAUGUGCAACCCAAGAUCUCGGAACACCUCGCCACCUGCCGAGGGAUGGCAGUAUCUGGGAUCAGAAGAUCCUAUCCUCCGUUGAGCCAUUGUCUUUAUCCACCCCAUCCAGCGUCCGAGUUGGACCCUUCGCAAGGCAAGCUCAAGUAUCACAUGUACUAGACAUCCUCAUAAUGCACCUACGGGAUCCCAGACCAAAUGGCGUCCUCGACAAGGAAGAAUCAGACCAAAUUGCAAGAACUCUCACAGCUUUCUCUCUACUGUUGCCAGAGGAGACUCCCCAGCCCUGGCCGAGAUACUGUGGAGCGAUUGGCAUGUGCUACAGCGCUCUAAUGACAGUCCACGAAUCUCGUCAAGACCAAGACUCCGCCCUACCUAUCAAACUUGGGGAUAGUCAUUGUCCAGAAUCACUGGCGUCCGCUUUGAGCCGUAUCAACUUCAUUGCGGGCCGAUUCAACGAGAAAAUCGAGCAAGUCGACGUCGAAGCCAUAUCGCCUUUCCCGCCCCGUUCACUGUACAAGACAUCAUCGAUGCAAUACAGACUGUGGAAGCAGACUGGCGAUCCAAAAUGGCUUGAAGCCGCUGAAAGGAUGAAGUUGAUGCUCACAAACUUCAGCAAGAGGUGGAUGAACGCGGCAAAACUCCUAGAUCAAAUUGAAGAAGAUCGCAAAUCCUACGGAAGUGUUUCAUCGAACCAUAGCGAUCCAAGUCUUUCCCAUUCUCUAGUCACCCCUCCUUCCGAGAUCUUAAAAGACCAAGACGAAGUCCAGACAUCCAAGUCGUAUUUUAAACAACCUCGCCAACAGGAUAGUCAGUAUACCCCUCCGGCCCGUCUGCAUACGUCAUCUCAACAUUCCUCUCGGUCAGCCUCAAUCCCAGCCGGAUCUUCUCCACCAGAACAGGAUUACUAAUGAACCACUGUCCGAAUGUAAUGGCAUCCAACUCACCCCUCUCCACCUCAUCAAAGCAGUUCAUUCCGUCAUAUCCACCAGUACUCAACUUUGGUGUCGUCUUCAACACUUCUUCAAACGGCCCCAAAUUGAUCUCCUCCACCUUCGCUUUCACACUCCCAUCUUCCGCCGCUUUGUAAAGAUUCGCCCACUUCACCUCCUGUGAGAGGAAGAGAUCCGUUCGGGGCUGAGUGAGACACACAUACGCUAUCCCCCUCUUCUCAACUUCACUCAAUACAUAAGUGAAGGUGGAGAUGGGAUCAGCAUCCAGU